GGUAUAGCUUUUCUCUAGAGUGUUCCAUUCCAUAUUCCAUCACCACUUUCACGCUAUUUUACUCCUUCGCAACCUUCUUUCUCCUCAUCCUCCAUUCUCCUCAUCUUCAGGGCUUUUCGUCUUCUCUUCAUUUCCCCCUUCACCUUUGCCUUUUCAAGAUUCCGUAAAAGAAUGUCUCGUGGUAAUCAGAGGGACAGAGAUCGUGAAAGGGCUCAAGCAAGAGCUGGUGGAAAAACUAAACAGCCUAAAAAUGAUGGUUUGACUCCUGAACAGCGCAGGGAAAGAUUAAGCCUUGAUCUUGUGUGUAGGGAUGCGAAAGCAUUGCAGGAGAAAGCGGCUAAGAAAGCUGCUCAGGCUGCAGGAGGGAAUAAUGCAGGUGUUGGCAGAGUCAAUAAAUAGGCAAGAUCAUUGAGUUGAGGAAGGGGAGGGAUUGUAUAGAUGGGAGAAAUUGUAUUGCUUUUAUUAUAGUAUGGGAUUUUGGUUGAGUCAUCUUCGUGUGCCAUUUCAGAUAAACAAUUGAAUAACUUUGUUUAGCAUGGAGGAGGGCAUUGUUGUUGGCUUUAAAUCCUUUGAUUUCUAUAUAAUGUGGAAUGCAAUUUGUCUGUAGUUUGUUAUGAUGUUUUUACUUU